UUACCAUCGUUAGAACCAAAACUUGUUCAGAGCGCUUACGUAACGCAGAUGGUACAAGGAGAUCUGAAUACUCUCUGCUGGGCAGAGAGCAGAAUGUCUCGCAUUAACCAUGAAAAUCUCGUUAAUGUAAUUUAUACGUCUGUUAAUUUUAGAGAUAUCAUGGUAGCUACUGGCAGACUUAAUGCUGAAACUAUCGCACCGUUCGAACGCGGUAACGACUGUUUCAUUGGCUUAGAAUUUGUUGGUUUCAAUACGCAUAAGCAGAGGAUAAUGGGAUUAUGUUCACACGGAGGAAUGACGAACAUUCUUGUGGCCGAUAAAUAUCUCAGUUGGAUUAUACCUGACAAGUGGACAAUGGAAGACGCAGCAACGAUUCCGUGUGUGUACAGCACGUGUUACUAUGCUUUAUACAUACGGGGUAAAAUGAAAAAGGGAGACAAAAUCUUAAUCCAUUCUGGUACUGGAGGCAUUGGUCAAGCUGCGAUCCAUCUUGCGCUUUACGAAGGUUGCGAAGUGUUUACGACAGUUGGAACUGUCGAAAAACGACUAUUUAUAAGAGAAACGUUUCCUUCCAUUCCCGAAGAUCAUAUCGGAAACUCUCGAGAUACAAGCUUUGAACAAAUGAUUAUGCAGCGUACAAAAGGUCGUGGAGUGGAUAUCGUAUUGAAUUCCUUAGCCGAAGAGAAAUUACAAGCAUCUGUUCGCUGUUUAGCAAAUGGUGGCCGUUUUCUAGAAAUUGGAAAAUUUGAUAUGGUUUCCAAUAAUUCUUUGGAUAUAUCUAUCUUUUCUAAAGAUAUCAGUUUUUAUGGCAUUUUAUUAGACAAAUUAUUUUAUUCAAACGCAGGACAAAAGUUAAGGUUGUGGAAAAUAAUAACAGAAGGUUUAAAAGACGGUGCUAUUAAACCACUAUGCAGAAGAGUCUUCGAAAGAAAUGAAAUAGAAGCUGCCUUUAGAUAUAUGGCCGCUGGAAAACAUAUUGGCAAGAUAAUUAUCAGAGUUCACAAAGAGGAAGAGCCUUUGGAUGCUCCACUACUCGCUCAUCCACGAUAUUAUUGUUUGGAGCAUAAAUGCUACGUUAUUUUAGGUGGACUUGGCGGAUUUGGUUUAGAGCUAGCAGAUUGGUUGACUCUUCGAGGUGCAAAGAAUCUGGUAUUAACAUCUCGAACCGGAAUUAGAACAGGUUAUCAACAAUCAAGAGUAAAGCUAUGGCGAUCUUACGGUGUGGAUGUACAGAUUGUUACAGUGGAUGAUAAUUUGAAACAUGAAGAUUGUGAAUCCCUAUUAAAAUUUGCUGAAGAAAGAGCACCAGUGGAUGCCAUAUUUAAUCUUGCAGUUGUUUUAAAAGAUUGUACAUUCCAAAAUCAAUCGCCACAAACGUUCGAAGAUUCGUUUAAAUCGAAAGCAUGGAUGACGAAGAAAAUGGACGAAUUGUCGGAAACGAUAUGUCCACAACUUCGACAUUUUGUCGUUUUUUCGUCCGUCUCGUGUGGAAGAGGAAACGCAGGCCAGACAAAUUAUGGGAUGGCUAAUUCCGUAAUGGAGAGAAUUUGUGAGAAAAGGAUGGAAAAAGGAUUACACAGUUUAGCGAUACAAUGGGGUGCUGUUGGUAAUGUCGGACUCGUGGCAGAUAUGCAAGAAGAGAAUAAGGAACUGGUUAUUGGAGGUACAUUGCAACAACAAAUAUCUUCCUGUUUGAAGACAUUAGAAGUAUUUCUGUUACAAGAUCGACCUGUCGUAAGCAGUAUGGUUGUUGCUGAAAAAGCAAAAAUUGGCGGAUCAAUGAAUAUUUAUGAAACAGUUGCUCAUAUGAUGGGAUUGAAGAACAUAAACGCAAUACCAUCAAAUAUGCCAUUGGCCGAAAUGGGUAUGGAUUCGAUGAUGGCAGUAGAAAUUAAGCAAAUGUUGGAAAGAGAGUUCGAUAUUUCCCUGACAGCGCAAGACAUUAGAACUCUAAAUUUUGCAAAACUUAGACAAAUGACAAUUACAUCCGACCAAGGAAAGAUACAAGAUACAAAUGAAAUUAAUCCAAGUAAUUUGGAAGGGUUCGACAUGCUGAUUCGAAAAGUGAAGGAUUCAGACUUUGUUCCAGAUAUUCUUGUAGAACUUGUUACCAAGAAGGUUGAUCGAGGCAAUAUAUUUCUUUUACCGGGAAUCGAAGGAUGUUCAAGUGUAUAUAAAUCUAUAGCCUCAGGAAUUAAAUCUUCGACAACGUGUGUGCAACAUGGUGUACUUAAUAUUCCUGACGAUAGUCAUUCAGUAAUGAAGUCAGCCGCUUAUUUGCUGCCUCACAUAUUAAAGAAAAUGAGAGAUCAAAGGGAAUUUCUAAUAGUGGGUUAUUCAUUUGGAUCCUUAAUUGCCAUCGAAUUAGCAAGAUUAUUAGAAGCUAAUAAUUUCUCAGGACGGUUAAUACUAAUAGAUGGAGCUCCUGAUCAAUUGAAACUUUGGACUAAUCAAUAUUUGGACUGCACUUCGCCAGAAGAGUUACAAAACAUGAUAUUACUUGGUUUAUUGGAAAUGUACACUACAAUUGACAAGAAAACACUUGCGUUGGAGCUGAAUAAAUGUAACACAUGGGACAAAAAAAUGAAAGUAUUUCAUGCUUACUUCCCGAAGGAUUUAAAUGUAUUAACCAUCGAAAAUCAAAAACUUAUAUAUUUCACAGUUUACAAUCACAUUCUCGCUGUACAGGAUUACGAUAUUUCAUCAUUACCUCGUCUUAAAUCACCUAUAACAUUGCUAAAACCCACAUUUCCGAUUGUCUCUCUUACUGAAGAGGAUUAUGGUUUACAUAAGGUUACCGAAGGUAAAGUGCAAAUUCAUUAUGUGGAAGGUAAUCAUAUCACAAUGAUGGACAACGACAAAAUCAUAUCAGCUAUUAACGAAGAAUGGAUAGAAGAUAAUAAGAUAAAAAAUAAUAUAAUACAAUAAAUAUAUAUACUUUAUUGGGACGCGGUAACAUUAAAACAAAAUAUUUCAAAGAUAUUAUAUAUCAAGAAAUAAGAUGUUUUUCUGAUAAUGUUAUCCUACAAUACGUUUUUAAAAUUUAAAAUAAGAAUGUAUAAAAAAAAAUGAACGCGCAGUUGCCACGCGCGUUAGAAGUGAAACUUCUGAAGGCAAGGGCUUUGCCAUAACUUUUUGUGUCGUAAAAUUCGUGUCGCAAAAUUCAUGUCGCAAAAUUCGUGACGCUUUUUUGUGUCGCAAAAUCGAACUUACUACCGUGCCAAAAGAAGAAAAGAAAACAUAUAGACGCUCAGGGUUAAUAACAACUGUUGUGUUGAAACCAGAGUUGCAAAAGUGGUAAUUAAAAUAUGUAUUUAAAGAAGUUUCAUUUCGUACGCCUAUUGGUCGAAUUUUCGUUACACUUUUCGUGUCGCA